GACAUGUUUUUGGCGAUCAGUAAGGAUCAAGCUCAAUUGGUUCAGGUAUAUAUAGUUUGCAUCGGGAGGAUAACGGUAUCAUUCGAGUUCCAUUGUUUCAGCUUUAAUCAGUUUUAGCCCCCUGUUAAGCAAGCCAAAAUGACUAUCAAGAUUGUAGGACUGCUGGCCUUUGUUGCCGCUGUGAGCGCUCAAAGCGGCCUGGGAUACUAUGGCCAUCACCAUCAGAGCCAGCAUCAUCAUCAGCAAGAGGAAGUUCACCCGAUCAUUGCACAGCACUACGAGCAACCUCAGGUCCAUCAUCAUCAGCCAGAAGUGCACCACUAUCAGGCUCCUCAGGUCCACCACCACCAGCACGAGAGCCAUCACCAUGAGGAAGAGCACCACCACGAGCCAGCUCACUACGAAUACCACUACAGCGUCCAUGAUGAUCACACCGGAGAUGUCCAUGGACAGCAGGAGUCCCGCCAGGGCGAUAAGACUGAGGGCGAGUACUACCUGAUCGAUGCUGAUGGUCACAAGCGCACUGUGACAUAUCAUGUGCACGGCAAGAGCGGAUUCAUCGCUCAGGUCCACCGGGAACCAGUCAAGGGACACCAUGUUCCCCAGCAGCAGCAUCAUCAGCAGCAGCAUCACCACCAGCAGUCCCAUCAUGAUUACCACUAUUAAGUCAUUUUAGGCAAAUUAAGUAGAUAGAAACAUCUAGAAAUAAGUUCUCGAAUUUUCAUCCGAUCUCUUUGUAUAUCAUCACUUCCUUAGAUCUCUCAUCCCUCUCUUUCCAUCUACAAUCUUCCUCUAUUUUCAUCUAUUCAUUGUUGUACAACAAAAAAGCAACUAGCCAAUUGGAAAUAUAACCACUUAUAAAAUGCA